CUGCCACGGCAAUAAUUCGUUUCUCCUUCAUUUUGUUUUUGGAGCUGUUGUUUGGUGGGAACCAAAGUUUACACUUUUGUGCUCUCUAGACUUCACUAGAGCGGAGCACUUCUAUAUUCCAAUAGGUUGCCGCCAAAUCGCGUCAAAGCUCAUUACCAUAAUGUUGCCCGCACUUCAACUUUCCUCUGACGCCCACAACGCCCAAGACGCGCAGGCCACGGACGCGCCGCUUCUCGCCGCCGAGAGACGCUGGCUGCCAUAGAAAAUGAAUGACUUCCGGUCGAUUUGACGCCUCUGGUCCAACGCACCAUAAGCGAUUCGCAAAGUUACGUUGCUGUUACGUUAUUUGAGGGUGAUAACCAGUGAGUAUUUCACACAGUUGUGUAGAAAUGUGAGAUAGAAGAAGAGUGAAGAAGAUGCAAGUAUUGUUGUAUGUUCAUGCUGAUUUUGUCAAUCCAUCUAAAGUCCUGAUUGAGGAAAGUUCUUUUGUUCAACAUCUAUGUGGUAUAUAAAGAGGAACAACUGCAAGUGUAACAACUGAAGUUUAUUGGCAUACUAUUACAAAAAUGCAGUGUGUUAAAGAAGAGUUUAAAGAGGAGAGUGAAGACAUCAGUAUUACAGAAUCAUGCAGAAUUAAACAUGAAGAUACUGAAGAACAAAGAGACUUGAUACGAGUGAAAGAGGAAAGUCUAGAACUGAAUGAUGUGGAAGAGAAACAUCAUGAUCACGAAUUUGAUAAUAUGACUGGUGAAGAGGAUGUUAGUGGUUUAAAGACUGAAAAUAAUUUCUCAAAGAAAAGAACUCGAAGAGCAAGAGCCAAAAAUUAUUUUCCUUGCUCUCACUGUGGAAAGAGUUUCACACGAAAAGGAAACCUUAAAACUCACUUAAGAAUUCACUCUGGAGAGAAGCCUUUCGCCUGCCUUCAGUGUGGAAAGAUUUUUGCACAUAAAGUAAAUCUUAACCGUCACAUGAGAAUUCAUACUGGAGAAAAGCCUUUCACCUGCUCUCACUGUGGAAAGAGUUUCACACGAAAAGGAAACCUUAAAAUUCACUUAAGACUUCACUCUGGAGAGAAGCCCUUCACCUGCCUUCAAUGUGGAAAGAUUUUUGCACAUAAAGGAGAUCUUCUGCGUCACAUGAGAAUUCACACAGGAGAGAAGCCUUUCACCUGCUCUCACUGUGGAAAGAGUUUCACACGAAAAGGAAACCUUAAAACUCACUUAAGACUUCACUCUGGAGAGAAGCCUUUCAUCUGCCUUCAAUGUGGAAAGAUUUUUGCACAUAAAGGAGAUCUUCAGCGUCACAUGAGAAUUCACACAGGAGAGAAGCCUUUCACCUGCGCUCAAUGUGGAAAGAGUUUCACACGAAAAGGAAACCUUAAAACUCACAUAAGACUUCACUCUGGAGAGAAGCCUUUCACCUGCCUUCAAUGUGGAAAGAUUUUUGCACAUAAAGGAGAUCUUCAGCGUCACAUGAGAAUUCACUCUGGAGAGAAGACUUUCACCUGCUCUCAAUGUGGAAAGAGUUUCACACGAAAAGGAAAUCUUAAAACUCACUUAAGACUUCACUCUGGAGAGAAGCCUUUCACCUGCCUUCAAUGUGGAAAGAUUUUUGCACAUAAAGGAGAUCUUCUGCGUCACAUGAGAAUUCACACUGGAGAAAAGCCUUUCACCUGCUCUCAUUGUGGAAAGAGUUUCACACGAAAAGGAAACCUUAAAACUCACUUAAGACUUCACUCUGGAGAGAAGCCUUUCACCUGCAUUCAAUGUGGAAAGAUUUUUGCACAUAAAGGAGAUCUUCAGCGUCACAUGAGAAUUCACUCUGGAGAGAAGCCUUUCACCUGCCUUCAAUGUGGAAAGAUUUUUGCACAUAAAGUAACUCUUGAGCAUCAUAUGAGAAUUCACACUGGAUAA